AUGUUCAGACAACUCGCCAGAGCUUCCGUUGCUGCCAGACCAGCUCUCUCAAAGAACCUCAUAAAACCAGCCUCUGUUACAGGCGUUCUCCGUGCGUCCACUGUUCCUGUUCUUGGGCAACACAGAAGUUAUCACGAGAAGGUUCUCGACCAUUACUCAAACCCAAGAAAUGUGGGUUCGUUGAAUAAGAAUGACGCUGAUGUUGGAACUGGACUUGUUGGUGCCCCAGCCUGUGGUGAUGUGAUGAGAUUACAGAUCAAAGUCGACGAAGAAACCGGAAUUAUCCAGGAUGUGAAGUUUAAGACCUUUGGUUGUGGAUCGGCUAUUGCUUCUUCUUCAUACGUUACUGAGCUUGUCAAGGGAAAAAGCAUCGAUGAAGCUUUGAAGAUCAAAAACACCGCAAUUGCUAAGGAAUUGUCCUUGCCACCUGUGAAGUUGCACUGUUCUAUGUUGGCAGAGGAUGCAAUCAAGUCGGCUGUGAAGGACUACAAGUCCAAGAGAGCAUCUGCUUUGAAGGAACCUACUUUGGGUCCUGCUACUGCCUGA